ACUAGUUACGAUCACAGAAUGUGGUUAUCCAGCGUGCUACUAGUUGUUGCUUUUGUUAUUGUAGCAAUACGAUGGUUUCACAAAUGGAGAAGUAACUUCGCUCGACACAUCCCGUGGGUUAGACCAUACUGGCCCUUGUUGGGUAAUGGGUCGCUAUUCAUCGGUAAGGAUGAUGUUCAACGGUUUUGCAAUAUGCAGAAAAUGUUUGACGGAAAGGAGAAAUUGUUUCGGUUUUAUUUGGGUCCCAAAACGGUGUUCGGCACCAAUGAUCCCAGUACGGCGCAACAAAUUUUGAGUGACCCUGACUGCAUGGAUAAGCCAUACGUUUACGACUAUUUCCUGGCAGAUUGUGGAGUAUUUGCGGCUAAGACUACCAUAUGGAGAAGUCAGCGAAAGGCGUUAAAUCCUACUUCUAAUGUAAAAGUGCUUCAAGAAUACAUCCCCACAUUUUGCAGGAUCAAUAAGGCUAUGGUCGAAAGACUCAAACUUAUUCCAGAUGGUAAGACAAUCAAUUUUAUGGAUUAUGCCUCUCGUUUGGCUGUAGAGUUGAUUUGUGCGUCUACGCUUGAUUUCGAUAUAAACCAGUUCGACGAUCCAGACGGAUUUGCCCAUAAUAUGGAAAGAGUGUUCUAUGUAGCUUCUAGGAGAAUGCUCAACGUACAUCUGCAGCUGGACACAAUUUAUCAGUGGACAAAGGAUUAUCGCGAGGAACGAGCUCUUCGUAACAAGAUGGAAUGUUACGCAAUGAAGAUAUACGAGAGUGCAGAGAAACGAUUUUCACCAUGUGACGAAGAUGACGAAAGUGAUGCUAGUGAAAAACCUCGUAUCUUGGUACAUCAACUGUUCAACAACAAGCGAAGAAAAUUCGAAAAGUUGGAAAUCCUUCACAAUAUCUAUACAAUCAUCGCCGCGGGAACUGAUACAACGGCCAAUGCAGUUUCCUUCACAUGCCUCCAGCUGGCCAUGCAUCCCGAACAUCAGGAAAGAUUGCACAAAGAAAUCAUUGAGAUGUUUCCUGAUUCGGACCCGUUGAUUACCAUGGAACGCCUUGCGAGCCUCCCGUACUUAGAUAUGGUACUGAAAGAGUGUUUACGGCUGUAUCCUGCCGCGUGGAUAGUAAUGCGGGAAAACUCUGCCGAUGUGAUCAUCGAUGAUUUUGUUUUUCCGAAGGGUUGUAAAUUUGCAGUCAAUAUCUUUAGCAUGCACAGGCGAGUGGAUGUUUGGGGACCAGAUGCGAAUCUUUUCAACCCGGAGAGAUUUAGUGAGGAUCGAGCUGAAAAAAGGCAUCGUUAUGCUUUUCUACCGUUCAGUGGAGGACGUCGGGAUUGUUUAGGCGCUCGUUACGCAAUGCUUAGCAUGCGAAUUAUGAUGGUGUAUUUGGUGAAAAACUUCCGGUUUAUUACGAGCAUGCGCGAAGAGAACAUACGUUUCCGGUUCGACGCACUUUUGAGGAUACAAGGCGGACAUCAGCUUCAACUAAUAAGGCGAUGACAUAAUAAUAAUUGCGCCUAGACAGCGUUGGAUAGACAUGAGAAACAUACAUGAUAUUUAACUUCAAAGUAAUAUAUGGAAAAAAAAUCGAAAAAAAAGCUUUUUAGAACCGCCCUAGAAGAUAGAAAUUUUUGCUGUUUGAUCAAGUUCAUAAUCGUAUUGGAUAUAUAAUUAUAGCCUAUUCAGAUUACGCCAUUUAUGGUAAUAAAUAUCACGAUAAAGAGUAACUUGUACCAAUAUCCAUAUAUUCAAUUUGCUUUCUCAUAUUCAACACGAUAAUUAUUAUAAUAAAUGGCGUAAUCUGAAUGGGCUAUAAGGGUUUAAUCUAUUGUGCAUGACAAAAUAAUUCAUAUAUCAGCUAGAUUCUACACCUAGAUCAGUCGUAGUGCGACAGUUAAUCCGGAAGGUGCAAUUUCUUUGGAAUGUUGUUCACAAUUUUAGCUAUCGGUGCAGUUCUGUGCCUCGCUAGUGUUUGGUCCCUGGUUCAGAAGAGGAGAGGUUUGGCGGAAAACAUUUCGGUGGCUGAACCAUGGUACCCGCUAGUUGGAAAUGGUCUGCUGUUUGUCGGAAAGGACGAUACUGUUAAAUUUUACAAUUUGAAGAACAUGUUCGACAGAAGCGAUAAACUGUUUCGGUUUUAUUUUGGACAGAGAAUGUUGUUCGGCACAAGUGACCUUGACAUGGCCCAGCAAAUCCUAACCAACCCCAAAUGCAUGGAUAAUGGUCCGUUUACAUAUGAGCUAGUUCUAAUAAGUUAGUCUAAUAAGCACUUGUAUAACGCAAAACUAAGAAAAUUAAAAAUUGCCCAAUUGUGGACCCCCUA